UGUUUCUGCUCUCACACUUCUUUCUCACUCCCCCAUUCGAGAGGUGACCCUUCAUCUUCCAGAGAUGAAACAGCGGCUUCGUUAUGGUUGCGCUGUCAGUUCCAAAACCAUGUUCAUCGAUCUCUCCAUAUUUCUUUUGCUCUCUGUUUCUCACAAUUAUUCCUUUUCUUGCAUUCUACUUAACCUUCUAUUUCUACUCCCUCGCACACACCACCAUUGCCGGACGCUACCUGUUAAUUCUCCUCUGUUCAUGGUUAUUGGUUUUCUUCAUUUGGUGAUUUUGUGGGAGAAGGGAGGAUUGGCUGCAUUAUUUAUACUUCAGCAAACCACAUUAUCUAUUUAUUGUAAUAUCUGCCAGGCAUUCUGGUUGAGUACGGAUGAGUCUAGCAAAUUGUUUUUGGACAAUAUUCAAGCAACGGAAGGUGAAACGUGUUACAAGCAAUGGAGAACAGGUACACGUAAAGACGGGAAAAUCCAAUGGUUUCCCUCAUGGAAAGAGUGAAGAUCUAGCUGCAACUCGAAUUCAAAAUGCAUUUCGUACAUUUACGGCUAGAAAGGACAUACAUAAUUCGAAAGUACCAGAGAGAUGCCAGGAUCUAGUUCAAGGUGAAACGGCUACAAAACAAGUGUCAAGCUUCAUUCAUUCAUGGAGCAGAAUGCAGCAAGAAAUUAGAGCACGUAGGCUCUGUAUGGUCACAGAAUAUCGAGUCAAGCAAAAGAAACUGGAAAAUCAGCUGAAGCUUGAGGCUAAAAUUCAUGAACUUGAGGCAGAAUGGUCCGGUGGGUCAGAAACAAAGGAGGAAAUACUUUUCAAGAUUCAGCAACGAGAAGAAGCUGCUGUAAGACGGGAGCGGGCUAUGGCUUAUGCAUUCUCUCAUCAGUGGAGGGCCAAUUCCAUCUUAGAUCUGAGCCCGGCUUCGUAUAGCCUUGACAAAGAAAACUGGGGAUGGAGCUGGAAGGAGAGAUGGAUUGCCGCUCGGCCAUGGGAGAUCCGAGCUAAUACUCAUCCCACCAUUCCAAAGAAGGUGCAAAUGAAACAAACAAGCAAAGUCAAUAAAGUGACGUAUCAAUCGGGGUUGAAGGUCUCAAACUUAGCUGGACAUUCUUCCUUGAACAACAAGGCGAGUUCAAAGGCCAAAAAUUCUGCUAUAUCCAACUGCUGAAACAAGCUACAAGAAGCUGAAGGUUAUUUCUGUAUAUAAUCAACCAAACUCAUAAACCAACUGACAAAUUCAAUGAUAUGAAUUUGGUAGUUCUCUCUAUAAUUUCACCCGGCUUGCUUUGUAGUGUAAAUUUCUAUUAUUAUGCCUAAUAAGAGAAAUUCAUAUAUUCUAUGAAAAAACAUGCUUUGUAUCCCAUCAUUUUUUUC